AUGUCUUCCGCCGCCCACACUUCUAUAUCGCUCACAUACUGGAAUUCUGUCCUCUGUGACUGGCAGGUCCGUAACGUGGUGGACGCGAUGAAAACCGCCAUCUCGACCCUGCUCGAUGCCCCGUCCACGCAGGUCCAGAAUCUCAGGCUGGUUGGGCCACGCAGCCAAACUCUACUCAGAGAAUGGAACAGAGGCUACGAAACCACCCUUUCAGUUCGCUCCACAGUUCAUCGCGAAUUUAUCAAGGAGGUACAGAGGCAGCCGCAAGCCCCCGCGCUUGCCGCAUGGGAUGGGUCCAUGACCUACGAGGAGUUGAACACUGCGGCGGUCCGGCUUGCUACCAGACUGAGCGUACUGGGCGCCUGCGGUGCGUUGGUUCCCUGCUGUUUCGAAAAGUCCAUGUGGGCGGUCGUCUCGAUGAUGGCGGUGCUCAUGGCAGGAGGUACGGUGGUGCCGAUGGAUCCGUCUCACCCUGAUCAUCGCUUGGAGGCGAUUCUGCGCAAUGUGGAUGCGAAGCUGAUCCUCACGAGCGAUGCUCUGGCCCAUCGAUUUAAACCUCUCGUUGACGCCGCUCUGCCGGUUGGAAAGGACUAUGUGGAUGCCCUUCCUACCGUCACUGAUGCGCUUCCGGAUGUCGAGCCGGAAACGUUGGCCUUUAUCAUCCACACUUCUGGAAGUACUGGAGUCCCCAAGGGCGUCAUGCUAGACCACAAAACUGUUUGCACGAGCAUGGAAGCGCACGGCAGCCGCCUCAAUAUCCAAGCCGGACAGCGUGUGCUCCAAUUCGCUUCGUAUGCAUUCGACAUAAGCCUGCAAGACAUGUUCACCAGCCUGACACGCGGUGCCUGCGUCUGCAUUCCUUCCGAGGAGCAGCGACUAAACAGCCUAACCAGUUUUGUCCAAGAAUUUGGCGUCACCUGGGCGGGUAUUACACCAACAGUCGCUGCUCUCUUGGAGCCGGCCCAGGUUCCCUCGCUCAAGACGUUGACCUUGGCCGGUGAGGCGAUUACCCAGCGGACGAUCGAUGUCUGGUCAAACGCGGGUCUGCAGAGCUUCAAUAACUGCUACGGCCCUGCCGAAUGUACUAUCUACUGCUCAUGGCACGGCAAAGUUGGGGCAGACCCUGCGCACUCCGCCUCGAAUAUCGGCUGGCCGCUGGCGAGCUCUUUCUGGCUGGUUGAUCCGUCGAAUCCGGAGAUUCUGCUCCCCGUGGGCUGCGCGGGUGAACUUCUUGUUGAGGGUCCUCUGGUCUCCCGAGGAUAUUUAAACGACCCGGAUCGAACUCAGGCGUUGUUCAUCACAGACCCGGCGUGGACACCCCUGGUUGGAGGGGGCUCAGGUCGCAGAAUGUAUCGCACCGGUGAUCUGGUCCAGUACAAUCCUGACGGUUCUCUCAGCUACCUUGGCCGGAAAGAUACGCAAGUUAAAGUGCAUGGUCAGCGGCUGGAAUUGGGAGAAAUUGAGUCGCACAUUCGGUCCAGCGCCCUGGAAGACUCCCAGGUGGCGGUGGAGAUGGUCAAAGACUGGGGCCUCGUUGCAUUCGUGGCCCUACCACAACACGCCGCGAGCGACACGACGAUUCUCCAGUUGGACACCCAAACGAGAAAGACGCUCGUCUCCCUCCGUACCUCACUGGACGCUCUCCUGCCGCUUUACAUGAUCCCCGCGCUCUGGAUCCCCGUAUCCCACAUCCCUCUCAAUGCGUCGAGGAAAGUGGACCGACGUGCCCUGGCCCUGAUGGCGUCAAGCCUGUCUGGGGAAGAAUCUGCACUGUAUUCUCUCGACGCGGCUACUGGCGAGGAUGGCGACAAUGGCCUGAUAAUGACACCCGGCGAGCGACGGCUGCGCUCCCUCUGGUGCAGCAUCCUCCAGCUUCCCGAGGACAAGGUGGGCGUCAACAGCAACUACCUGCGGCUCGGAGGUGAUUCCCUCGCUGCAAUGCGCAUGGUCGCCCUGGCCCGGCAGGCCGACGCCCACAUCACGGUAGCGGAUAUCCUGCGCCAUCCAGUCCUGAAGGUCAUGGCCACCAAGCUUGAGCUUGAUUCCGCUGUUGCAGAGGCUAUUGCGCCGUUUGCGCUUCUAGAUGAUGGAACCCGAUCAAAGGUAACAAAGGAGCUUGCGGCACUCUGUGGGGUUGAGGUCGCCAAGGUCGAAGAUAUAUAUCCCACCACGCCGCUGCAGGAUGGACUGAUGGCGCUGUCUCAAACUCAGACAGGCGCCUACCUGAACGACAUGGCCUUUGCCAUCUCUCCGGAAAUCGACAUUGCCACAUUAAAAAUGGCAUGGGAGCAUGUCGUGCGAUCUGUGGAGAUCCUGCGGACUCGCGUUGGCUUCUCCGAGAUCGCCUCGCGCGCCUACCAAAUCGUCAUCGCCGAUGAACUCCAGUGGCACGACAGCUCUUCCCUGCAGGCCUAUCUCCGUGAGAGACAAGCACUCCCAGUCGAGUACGGUAGCCCUCUGAACCGGUACGCAGUCAUAGACGAAGGGGCUGGCCGACGGUUCUUCGUCUGGUCCGCGCACCACGCAGUCUACGAUGGCUGGAGCACAGGGCUGAUCAUGGCCGACCUCCAACGCGCGUACCAGAGCACAACCCCCGUCGAGAUUUGCCAUUCGCCGUAUAAUCAGUUCAUCCGCCACCUGCUGGAGGUUGAUUCUGCGGUCGAAGAGCGCUUCUGGCGGUCCCAGCUCCAGGGAGCCGUAGCCCCCAGCUUCCCUCCACCGCCAGCAGCUGACGCCACACCUGCUCCAAGAACACUCACACGCACGGUGCCUCUUCUUCAGACUUCCGCGAGCGACGCUACGGAGCCCUCCAUUAUCCGCGCCGCCUGGGCGCUCCUCCUCGCUCGAUACGCCAACUCCGACCAGGCUGUCUUUGGAAUCACCCUCUCCGGCCGAGACGCCCCUGUCGGCGGCGUCGAGGACAUGGUUGGCCCUAUAAUCACGACUGUUCCGCUAUGCAUUCCCGUAUCGCAGACCCAGCCAGUCGCCCAGUUCCUGCACGAUGUACACCAGCAAGCGACGGAGAUGAUCCCCUACGCGCACAAAGGGCUCCAGAACAUUCGGCAAUUCGGCGCGGAUGCAGAAGCAGCCUGUAACUUCCAAGCCCUCCUCGUGAUCCAGCCAGCUGGAGAGACGGACGACAAUGCGGCAUCUGGAAUGGGCGUCGAAGCAGUCUCACUGGCGUCUGAGGCGGAGGGAACACCCCGCGGCGCGUUCCACACGUACAGUCUGGUGGUGGAAUGCGUCGUCCGCAAGGAUUUCGUCGAUAUCUCCGCCUUGUUUGACGAGAAUGCCAUUCCAGCUGCCCAGAUGGAACGCAUGCUGGCACACUUUGCUCGCAUCUUAGGCCAACUGCGCGAUACGAGUAAUAUCGAUAGCCUCAUUGGCCAGCUUGAGAUGAUCUCUGAGGACGAUCUCGCCCAGAUCAGGGCCUGGAACUCUGAAGUACCACUGAACCGCGUGGAAUCAUGCGUGCACCAUCUCUUCCAACAGCGGGCCCUCGAGCAGCCCAAUGCACUGGCAAUAUGUGCAUGGGACGGGGAAUUCACCUAUCGCCAGCUGGAGGAGCUUUCGAGCCUGCUGGCAUUACAGCUGGUUGGGAAGGGCGUCAUGGCGGAGACAAAGGUGCCGCUCUGCUUCGACAAGUCCAGCUACGCGAUCAUCGCCAUGCUCGCGGUUCUCAAGGCUGGAGGGGCGUGUGUGCCCCUCGAUCCAGCGCAUCCCGUCACCCGCCACGAGACCGUCAUUGCCGACACGGGAGCGGCUGUCGUCCUUGUUGGGGAAGAGUACAAAGAUAGGUUCCCUCGUACGGGAGUGGAGAGCCUUGUGGUCUCCGAGCGGUCACUCAAGGAAACGACCGUGAUGCCAGGCCUGUUCCUGGCUCUCCAGAAGGCUACAGUGGCCACCCCGUCCAGCGCGGCGUUUGUGAUAUACACAUCCGGCAGUACCGGUGUACCCAAAGGAGUGGUUCUACAACACGAUAACGUCUGCAGCAGUCUGGAAGCCCAUGGAUGCGCGUCAGCACUGAACAUUGGACCCGGAACGAGGGUUCUGCAAUUCGCCUCGUACGCCUUCGACAUUAGCAUUCAGGACAUCUUCACCUCGCUCACCAGAGGCGCGUGCAUCUGCGUGCCGUCCGAAGAACAGCGUGUCAACUCUCUUGCAGAUGUGAUCAACGAAAUGCAGAUCAACUUUGCGGGCAUUACGCCAACGGUGGCCAAUCUGCUGCAACCUUCCGAUGUUCCAUGCCUAAAGACCAUCGCAUUGGCUGGCGAAGCAGUGACCCAGAAGACCAUUGAGAUCUGGAACAAGACUGACGUGCAGCUGUUCAACUGCUACGGCCCUGCAGAAUGCACCAUCUACUGCGCGUUGGCCAAAAAUGUUGGCCAGGCGCAGCGCCAGCCGGCAAACAUAGGAUUGGGCUUGAAUUCCAGGCCCUGGGUUGUGGAAGCCUCGAAUCACCAGCAACUCACCCCACUUGGGCUCGUUGGAGAGCUGGUAGUUGAAGGCCCUCUAGUGUCGCGAGGGUAUUUGAACGACCCAGAAAAGACCGCCGCCUCCUUUAUCAUCAACCCGGAGUGGGCAGACAUAGCCCAAGGCCAGGAAAGGCGCAUGUAUGUCACUGGCGAUCUGGUGCGAUGCAAUCCCGAUGGUUCACUGGACUAUCUGGGGCGAAAGGACUCGCAAGUCAAACUUCGUGGCCAGCGCCUGGAGCUUGGGGACAUUGAGCACCACGUCUCCUCGCGCCCUGGCAUUCAAAGAGCAGUGGCCCUUGUGCGCAGCCAAGAAGACGGCCAGCAGACUCUCGUGACUGUUCUGCAGCUCAGCUCAGUCAAUCAGGCGGACACCGAGGAAGAGCUGACUCUGCUUUCCCCUCAGUCUCUUGCUUCUGCUCGGGCAACCAUUUCGUCGCUCAGAGAGUACCUGUCCAGCGUUCUGCCGGGGUACAUGGUCCCAACGGACUUCCUGGUUGUGAGCUCAAUCCCCCUCAACAUGUCCAGGAAGAUCGAUCGGGCCAGAAUGACAAGAUGGAUUCAGAAUCUGAGCCUGGAUGCGUUCAAAGACAUACGUUCCGCCUUGGAAGAUGCCCCCGCCGAGCUUUCACGCCCUACCACAACCAAGGAGAAGCAGAUCCAGCACCUCAUUGCCCUGACUCUCAACAAACCGGAGACUAGCCUGCCUCUCAGCGGGUCCUUUGUCUCCCUCGGAGGCGAUUCCAUCACGGCGAUGCAGCUCGUUGCCCGCUCUCGCAGCCUGGGCAUCGCCCUGAGCGUCAAGGAGAUCCUCCGCAGCAAGACGAUUGCCGAUGUGGCCCAGCGUGCGACAAUGCUUGAUUCCUCGCUGGAUCUGGUGGAGGAAGAGACCGGCGAGCCGUUUGAUCUGUCCCCGAUCCAACAAAUGUACUUUGACAUGUCGAACCAGGCAGCCACUCAUUUCAACCAGAGCUUCUUCUUGAAGCUGACGAGGUGGAUUGACCCGAAUGAGCUGCGCGCUGCGAUUGCACGACUCGUGCAGACUCACUCCAUGCUGCGGACCCGACUCACCCGUGCCGGAAGCAUCUGGCGCCAGUUCGUGCCGCAAGAGGCUGUGUAUCACUUCGAAGCGCACAGCGGAUGCUCUGAUGGCCAGCGGGAGCAAAUCAUUGCCGCUCGGCAACAGGAGACCUUGGAUAUCGAGAAGGGACCGGUCUUCGCCGUGGAUGUUUUCGAGUCGGUGGAGACGAGCAGGGCACAGUCGGUAUUCCUCGUCGCCCAUCACCUCGUCAUCGACCUGGUUUCUUGGCGCGUCAUUCUGCAGGAUAUCGAGGAUAUUCUUGAGGGUCGUGAAGCUGCACUUUCGAAGCCACUGCCCUUCCAGACGUGGCUUCGGCUCCAGCACGAGUAUGCGGCUGGCCUCCAUGCCGAGAAGGUUCUUCCUUUCCCAAUCGAACCAGCUAAUAUUGGUUACUGGGCCAUGGCAGAUAAACCGAAUGCUCACGGAGAUUCGCUCCAGGGAGGCUUUGUCCUGGAUAGCGAACUCACUGCCCAGCUUCUGAGCGACCGCUGCCACCAGACCCUGGACACUGAUGUCACGGAUCUGAUGCUGACAGGGCUGCUGUACGCGUUCUCCACAGUAUUCACCGAUCGUGUGAUCCCCACCGUUUUCAGUGAAGGACACGGACGUGAGCCCUGGGACUCCCAGAUAGACCUGUCGCGCACGGUGGGCUGGUUCACGACCAUGGUGCCCCUUCACGUCCCGACGGCAGAAGAUAUCCUGAGUUUGCUGCGACAAGUCAAGGACCGCCGGCGUCAAGUGCCUGGAAAGGGCUGGCCGUAUUUUACCGCUCGUUAUAGCAACCCGGACGCACGCCAGAGUUUUGCUGACCACCUGCCGAUGGAGAUUCUGUUCAACUACCUCGGCCAGUACCAACAGCUGGAGCGGGACGCCGCCUUGAUGAAGCCUGAGCCACGACCAGCCAGCGCUUCGGACAUUGGGAGCUCGACGCCCCGAUUGGCUCUCUUUGACAUCUCCGUCGUCGUCGGCCAGGGAAUGACCAGCUUCAGCCUCGGUUACAACAAGCAGAUGCAGCACCAGGAGAAGAUCGGUCUGUGGAUCGCAGAGACAGAGCGGUCUAUCAAGGAGCUGGUCCAGAGCCUUGUGGUCUCGCCGAAGCAAUACACCCUGAACGACUUCCCGCUCAGCCGGAGCAUCGGCUACGAGGGCCUCACCCGACUACAGGACGCCUGCGUGGGCGAAUUCGCCAUCCGAGGGAUGCAAGACCUCGAAGACUUCUAUCCGUGCUCUUCAAUUCAGGCGGGACUUCUUUUGGGCCAGCGUCUCUCUCCGGGCGCAUACGAGGUGCACUUUAUGUUCGAGGUUCUCCCUCGGAGCGGCGAGGCUGUCGACCUCGACCGUCUGCAGGCCUCGUGGCAGUCUGUCGUCAACCGCCAUGCAAUGCUCCGCGCAAUCUUUACAGAUAGCCUGUCUUCCGACGGCUCAUUCCACCAAGCCAUCCUCAAGCAUCUGGACGCUCCUGUACCCAUUAUCCCAUGCGAUACGGAUAUCAUGACGGAGGAAGCGCUGUCUGAAGAGGCAAGCCAGAUCGCCCUCGACCCAAACCGGCCUCUGCAGAGACUCGUCCUGUACACCACACGCAGCGGACGGGUGUAUGGGAAUCUUGUCAUCAACCAUGCCAUAAUGGAUGGAGCUUCGCUGGGGAUUUUGUUGCAGGACUGGACUCGAGCGUACACCGACCAGCUUCCAGAGAACCGCCCACUGUACAGCGGCUACAUCGAGUACACGCAGUCCGUUUCGCAGGACGAGAUGAGCCGGUACUGGAUGGAAUAUCUUGCAGGCGUGCAGCCAUGCCAUAUCCCCGUGGAUAAGCCCGGUUCCCCACGGGGCACACAACUGAAAAAAAUCAACGUGGACCUGAGCUCGACCCUGGAGGCGAUGAAACAGUUCUGCGACGCCUACUCUGUCACUACGGCCAAUAUCCUCGAGACUGCAUGGGCGCUGGUCCUCCGGGCGUAUACCGGAUCCAGCGACGUGUGCUUUGGCCAUCUGGUUGCCGGGCGCGAUUGCCCUGUCGAGGAUGUCGGGGAGGUCAUUGGGCCAUUUAUCCACACCCUCGUCUGCAGGCUGGCGUUUGAGGACGAUGCUGAUGUUGUGGCCGCGGUCCAGAGGGUCCAGACGGAGUACACCUCCAGCCUCGAAUACCAGCACUGCUCGCUGGCGGAGAUCCAACAUGGUCUCAACAUGCGUGGAAGAGCCUUGUUUAAUACCAUGAUGUCAAUCCAGCGCACCGUUUCUGCCUCCGUGGACGCACCGCUAUCAUUCAAGACCGUUGGUGCCCAUGAUCCGACGGAGUACGACAUUGCGGUCAGUGUAGACCUUUCCAACGAGGGGGUCAAGACGACCAUCAGCUACUACCAGUCAGCUCUGAGUGACUGGCAGGCGGGCAACAUCGCGAGCACCUUUGCAGCUGCCAUCCGUGGCGUCGUCGAGCAUCCCUCGCUUCCGAUCAAGGCAAUCGACCUGUUCAGUGAGGCCAACCACGCCCAGCUGCAGACCUGGAACUCCGACAAGGAGGAGGCAGUCCUGGUCCGCGAGUGCGUGCACGACCAGUUUACGGCACAGGCAGCCGCGCAGCCGCAGAGCCCAGCAGUGUCGGCCUGGGACGGCUCGUUCACAUACGCAGAGCUGGACCAGUAUUCCAGCAUCCUGGCCUCGGACCUUGUUGAAGCUGAGAUCACCCCCGGCACAAUUGUCCCGCUUUCUUUUGAAAAGUCGUGCUGGUACGUUGUCGCCAUCCUAGCCGUGCUCAAGGCUGGGGCAGCCCUGGUGCCGCUGGACCCGGCCUGGCCGCCCACUCGACUCUCCCAUAUCCUCAAGGACGUCGCCGCCCGGACGGUGCUCACAUCCUCCAAGCUAGAAGCCAAGUUCCGCAACCAAGGGGUCGACGUCAUCCGCGUCGAGAGCACAAUCGUGGCCCGGCCGAUGAAGCCCUGGACUGCCCGGCCGUGCAAACCCGAGGAUGUCGCGUCUCUCAUCUACACCUCAGGAAGCACCGGAACCCCCAAGGGGGUAGUGCUUCAACACCGCAAUAUCUGCUCCAGUCUGGGUGCACGUAUUCCGGCCCUGGCCAUCGGACCUGGCACUCGGGGUCUGCAGUUUGCCGCACACGUUUUCGACAUGAGUCUUGACGACAUCCUCGCCGCUGUCACGCGCGGCGGCUGCGUGUGCAUCCCGUCUGAGGAGCAGCGGAUGGACAUUGACGCCCUGUCUGCAUUUAUGCGGGAGCACGAGGUCACUUUCGCGACUCUGACGCCUACAUUCGCCAGCCUGCUGCGGUCCCACGACAUCCCCACGCUCCGCACCCUGGCUCUCGGUGGCGAAGCCGUUACUCAGAAAGUGCUGGACAUUUGGACCCGCGCAGACCCGCCGCUCACGGGGCUGCACAACUGCUACGGACCAGCGGAGUGCACUUUCUACUGUGCCCGGAACGGAAACUCGGGCAAGCCGGAUGUUCGGCCAUUCAAUAUCGGGCGUGCAGUUGGUAGUUCACUCUGGGUGACCGAGAUUGAUUCUCACGAGCGACUCGCGCCGAUUGGGAGCAUGGGCGAGCUGGUCGUUGAAGGCCCGUCCGUCUCUGCAGGGUACCUCAACGAUCCCAAGCGAACAGACACCUCGUUCAUCAUGGAUCCACCAUGGAGACGUCUGUUUGGAAAACCACAACAGGGACGCCGGAUGUACAAGACCGGCGAUUUGGUCCGCUACAACGAAGACGGCACACUGGACUACCUCGGCCGACACGAUUCCCAGGUCAAGCUGCACGGACAGCGCCUGGAACUGGGAGAGAUCGAGGCGGCGCUGCAGACCCAGGACGGGGUCCAGAGCUCGGUCGUCCUCCUGCCGCGCCAGGGCAACUGCGAGGGCCGCAUCACCGCGGUACUGGCACUGGGUCGGGCUGUCGAGCAGCCGGAAGCCCACAGGGUUCCAAUGCGUCUCCUGACAGCCGAAGAGCGACGAGAAACCAGGGACCUCAUAGCCGCUGCUCGUAAUAACCUCUCCGCGGCGCUCCCACCGUACAUGGUCCCGGAUGUGUGGCUGCCUGUGACGGACAUUCCUUUCAACCAGUCCGGCAAGCUGGACCGGAAAAUGGUCGGCCAAUGGAUCGAGAACCUAGAGGCGUCUGGACUGGAAGCUGUCCUCGAUGAUGAGAAUGCAACGACCGGGAUAGAAGACAAGGGAGAGUAG